CACAGCUCCUUCUUCAGCACCGGAACUCUGGACAGCUCAUCCUCUGUGGCCUCCCUCGUCUUCUUUCUCAUACUUUGCAGCUGGAGCUGAGGACUCAGCCUUAGCCUCUGGCUGGUUCCCCCUGCUAUAGAGAAAGGAAAUUAAACAGAUUUCCCCAUGCAGCCUGCCAUGAUGAUGUUUUCCAGUAAAUAUUGGGCAAGGAGGGGACUCUCUUUGGAUUCAGCGGUCCCUGAAGAACAUCAGUUACUCAGCAGCUUAACAUUCAACAGAGCAAAUGAUGAGAAGAAAGGCAACAAAGGGAGUGGCAAGAAUGAAGUUGCUGGGGAAAGUGGAAAGACUGCAGUUGUGUUUUCUUUGAAAAAUGAAGUUGGUGAAUUGGUAAAAGCCUUAAGACUCUUUCAGGAAAAGCAUGUGAACAUGGUUCACAUUGAGUCCAGGAAAUCCAGGCGAAGAAAUUCGGAGGUAGAGAUCUUUGUGGACUGUGACUGCAAUAAGAAAGAAUUUAAUGAGCUCAUUCAAUUGCUGAAAUUUCAAACCACCAUUGUGACACUGAACCCACCAGAGAACAUUUGGACAGAGGAGGAAGACCUGGAAGGUGUCCUGUGGUUUCCUCGGAAGAUUGCUGAAUUAGACAAAUGUUCUCACCGAGUUCUUAUGUAUGGCUCAGAAUUGGAUGCAGAUCACCCCGGAUUUAAGGACAACGUCUAUCGACAGAGAAGAAAGUAUUUCGUGGAUGUGGCCAUGAGUUAUAAAUAUGGUCAGCCCAUUCCCAGAGUGGAAUAUACAGAAGAAGAGACCAGAACUUGGGGAGUUGUAUUCAGAGAACUCACCAAACUCUAUCCUACUCAUGCUUGUCGAGAGUAUUUGAAAAACCUCCCUUUGCUGACUAAAUACUGUGGCUACAGAGAGGACAAUGUGCCCCAACUUGAAGAUGUCUCCAUCUUUUUGAAAGAAAGAUCUGGCUUUACAGUGAGACCAGUGGCUGGGUACCUGUCUCCUCGAGAUUUUCUAGCUGGAUUGGCUUAUAGAGUGUUCCACUGUACUCAGUAUGUUAGACAUGGCUCUGACCCACUCUACACCCCAGAACCAGAUACAUGUCAUGAACUCCUGGGACAUGUCCCCCUACUUGCGGAUCCGAAGUUUGCUCAGUUCUCCCAAGAAAUUGGCCUGGCCUCCCUGGGAGCCUCUGAUGAAGAUGUUCAGAAACUUGCCACAUGUUAUUUCUUUACUAUUGAGUUUGGACUUUGCAAACAAGAAGGGCAGCUUCGAGCCUAUGGAGCAGGGCUUCUCUCUUCCAUUGGAGAAUUAAAGCAUGCUCUGUCUGACAAGGCGUGUGUGAAAGCAUUUGACCCAAAGACAACUUGCCUGCAGGAAUGCCUUAUCACUACCUUUCAGGAAGCCUACUUUGUUUCAGAAAGUUUUGAAGAAGCAAAAGAAAAGAUGAGAGACUUUGCCAAGUCAAUAACUCGCCCCUUCUCUGUGUACUUCAAUCCUUACACACAGAGCAUCGAAAUACUGAAGGAUACCAGGAGCAUUGAGAAUGUGGUCCAGGACCUCCGAAGUGAUCUGAAUACAGUGUGUGAUGCUUUGAGUAAGAUGAACAAAUAUUUGGGGAUUUGAGGCCUGUGAUGAGCCAGCCUCAUCUUUCCGUUACUCAACAGCAAAUGAAUCUGCUUCACAUGACACCAUUCCUUCUGUAACUAUCCUCUCUGUGCCAAAGCUUGCUAGUAACCUGCAUUAUUGUGUAUCUACCUAGUUGCUACUCGCAGAUCCAAUAAGAUUAGGCUAUGGUGUGAAACGAGGCAAAGAAUAUGAAAGUAGACAAUCAUUCUAUAUGACAGAAAGAGAUUUCAAAUAGUCGAAGUCCAGAUAGUUGGUUUAAUAUACUUACUUUUGUAUCCUGAAAGUACAUGUAUCUAUAUGAAUAUGACCAGGAGAGGGCACUGCUUCCACUAAGGCAGAUCAUCUCAUAUUUACGAAUUGUGAUCUUAGCUUGAUGUCCAGAGAGGUUAAGUGAUUUGCUUGUGGUCACACAGCUGAUAAGUAGAAGAGGCAGGAUCUGAUGCUGCUCAAUCCAGAGCUCUAUCCACUAUGUCUUGCUGCUUUUAUUCUAAUUAAAACUUAUAAGAACUAUCCCUCUU